AUGCUCCAGAUGAACUUGAACACGAACCAGUACGGUCGCACUUUCCAGGACCGGACCCACAGCUUCAAGGUGGAGAAACGCCCCUUCGACGUCCCCGACGACGCCAGGAUCGUGAACUACAACGUGCGCGGGCGACGCGGCAACAUCGUGCAGGUGUACCCGUCGGUCGAGUACGACUUCGUGCCCAACGAUCUCACGGUGGAGUGCAUGCGCCGCCUGGCGCCCUUCUCAUUCUCGUGCGCGCUCGUUCUCGCACAGACAUGCCUCCUGGCGACAGGGGAACUCGACGCCAGCCUCGAUCCGACGACCGAGCUCCUGCAGGCGCUGGGUCCGGCGCUUCUCAUCGGCAUCGCCGCUCCGAAGAUCGAUCCCGCGACGCUGCAGCUGGAGCAGGAUCUGCUACACCUCGGAGGAGCCGCAGUCAGCAAGGGCGUGGUGAGGCGCUCUCCGAAGGCGCAUGCGCUGACCCAUGGCAGCCUGGCAGCUCUGAGCACCGUGCUGACCCCUGGCAGCCUCGACCCCGCGGCGAGGGCGAUCGGCUACCUCCUCGCCCCGGCUCCGACGGAGUUGGCGUCGAGGAUGGGCUCCAGGAUCUCCGCCAUGGCGGAGGCGCAUCAAGACGCGGCGAACAACACCGCCACCAGAUUCAAGAAGAUUGCGGCUGGCGUCACCAGCCUGGGUUCAGAGAUCGCCCAGGAGGGGCAGAAUCUCUUCGGUCGGCGCAUCGACACGCUGGAGAAGCGCAUGGACGACGUUGACAUCACCAACGCGAGACUUGCAGCCAGGCUGGACGCCCUCGAGAAGGAGCUUGGGCCCCUGCGCGGCGGCGACCCCGGCCCCGCUCCAGCCGGGGCGGCCUGGAACCGCCCCAAGGACACCACCAUCCUGCGCGUCGUCGCCCGCGGCCAGGUGGCGAAGGACCAGGUCAGCGCCUCCCUCACCGACUGGCUCGACGCAGCCAACAUCAAACCGGACCGAGUGAAGCUCAUCAGUGACGACCUCGGCAAAAGCUUCACCCUGAAAUUCAAGGGUACACGCGAGUGGGCCACCAAACAGGUCACACUCGCCCGGUCCGCCCUUCGGCGUGCUGACGGUUCUUGGCGGUCAUUUUCCUGCCCCGCCCCCAGCGGCGACCUCAUCAAUCUCGCGGUCGAUGAGGAUAAGAACCAGCAUGACCGCACCCUCGAGUUCAAGCUCCGGAAAGCAAGGCGGGCGCUCACGGCCGCCACCAGGAAACGCUUCUUCGCGGACAAGCAAUCGGGUACCAUCACCCAUGACUGGACCCCCGUGGUCAAGAUCGGCGUCGAGCCCGACGGCAACGUCGCACUUAUGUGGAACGACAAAGGUGUCGUUGGCGGUGGCGUCGUGAUCCUCGUCAACCAGAUCGCAGGCUGGGCCGCCCCCGCAGUGGUGUCCCACAACGCUCCCGUGCAUGGCCGCAUCCAGCGGUCGAUGCUGACCAUGAGCCGCCACGUGCACCGGAUGUCGGUGACCUACCUGACGCCGGCGAGACACCUUCAAGCGUGCGCCCCGACCGGGAGCGUGCGCGACCACAAGGAAUUCAUCAUCUGGAACGUACACAACCACGGGCUCAGCGCCAUCCGUUCCAAGACGGUCACCACCGACAUGAUCUCAGACGCUCGCUGGUCGCAGGAGUCCCCCCAGACGCGGACCUGCUUCGUGGCCGGUGACUUCAACUGGUCGGACGAACUGCCCCUCCGGCGCGGUCAGGUUUCUGGCGAGGCGGCUCUUCCACGGGAACGUCUACCUGGUGCCGGUCGCGCGGGGCGCCACUGGCGUGCGAUGGCGAAGGUCUACGCGGAGCUCGUCCCAGUCGGCCCGACCCACUGGACUGCUUACGCCAAGUCCGCCUCCAAGAUUGACGAGAUCUUCAUCUCCGCGCCCCCGUGGCUCCUGUGCCAUGGGCGCCAGGCCGCCGCGACCAACCUGGGCCCCGAGGAGAUGCGCGUCCUGGGCGCCAGCGACCGCGCUGUGCUUGCGGCGGUGCUACACGGGGCAGCCGCGCCCCAGGAGGGGGGCCGCUCCCCGCAGAUCCAGCCGUGCGCACCAAUUCCACGACAUUACUUCGAGCACAACCUAUAUUCUGACUUGGUAGACAAGUACCUGGACGCCGCCAUGAUUGAGCAGAUGACUGCGCCUCGCGCUCAUAUCGCCGCCACGACCGUCCUCCAGGAGGUUGCGAAGGUCAUCCGCAACGCCAAGAUUCACGGGAUGCCCAACGGGGUCCACACGAAAGCUAUGGUCACGCGCACGCUCGCGAGGCUCAUCCACGGCGAUGACUUCGAGGCCGUUUCGAGGCUCUGCAGGCUCCACCCGUGGAUCUCCGAGUACGUCCACAUCGACCUCAAUGUCAGUCGUGCCACCCUGAAAGUUCUCACCGGGAUCCGCGUCGAGAGUCACGCGAUCGCGGACCCCGUGGGCGUCUUCGCUGAGCUGUCCGACUACUGGGGCCGCGUCUUCUCGGCGAAGGUGGGCCCGCCAGCGCGCCAUGAUUUCACCAAGUUCGCGGAGAAAAUGCCGACCAGCGCCCCUGGUGUCGAUGGCCUUCCCUGCGCUGCCUGGAAGCGCCCCCGUGUCCUUGAUGUCCUCUCAUCCUGCUCAGAGUGGAUCUGUAGCGGCUCCCCGAUGUUCGACUCCUUCGACCUCGCGACGGCGAUCUACGCGCCCAAGGGCCUCGACGAGCACGACACCGGCGACCUAGCCGAGCUCUAUGUCACCUGGGCGGUUCCGACAGUCUCGUACGUCUCCCAGUUGCUCCCUCUCCCGUGGAAGCUUCGCGUUACAGAGGUGCCCCCGACGGCGUGCACCUUCCCAGACUGGCACCACUGGGUCGACUGGGGCGGCCCCAAGCUCCCUUCCAUCGUCGUCCAGGGCGCGGCGGCCAUGGCAAGAACGGCAACCGCCACGCUCCCGCGCUGGAAGCCCCUCGUGCGGCUCCUCGAGGACGCGGCCCAACGCUUUCUUCCCCUGGCGGCACGUGCGCGAGGAGCCCGGGACAACGGCAUCUGGGAGGAGCCCCCGUGGAUCGACCACUUGGUGGAGGCCAGCCGCGGCUUCCCCAAUCGCCCGCACUUCUGCCACCACUCGGAUGCCCUCGUCCACGAGAUGGCGCACCCGUGGAAGUCCGACGGCGGCUCGAAGGCUGGGCUCCAGAAGCGGCUCCAUCGCACCCUCAUGCAGUGCCUCAUGCCCUCGACGAUGGUAGCAAAGUUCAGGGAGCGCAUCGCCAAAUGGUUUCCGACGGCCGCCGGCGCCGCGAACUCCUUCGACUGGGACGCCCACCAGGAGCGCCUCCUGACCAUGGCCCCAAGCGUGCGGAUCGCUGCAACGAAGACGACGCGGAUGCGGGGACCGACCUCGACGGGCCAGUGGGCGCGUGACGCGGCAGCGGGCACCGACCUCGACGGCCUCAUCCUCUUCUUCCACGGCCUCCCGCUCGACGGUGCCGCGUACCCGGCUCACGCCGAUGGUGUUUUCUCCUUGGCCAAGUUCACCAUCCAUGUCAACGGCGACCCGUGA